AUGCCAUCCCGAGAUAAUUUUUCUGCAUAUGCCGCUAAGCCAGAUGCUGCUACGUCAAAGAAGCGGCCGUCGUCAAUAGACACUUCUAGCAGUGCUGUGAAGCGACCGAAGACUAAAGGCGGCUUUGUAUUGGAUAGCGAUGAUAGUGAUGAAAACGACGUGAACGAAAUGAAGGAUCAUGUUUAUGCUUCUCCGAGGCCAGCUUCGCCACAAGGCACCUUGCAGACAAAGCUUACUCCAAAAUCCCUCCGAACAAAGCAGCUCAAUAAGAUUCGUAUUCAGGCGCUCCUGGGCAAGAACAAAAAAUUGGACCAGAACACACGAAAGACAUUACCACCGAGUCAGGCUCAACAACCUUUGCAACAAUCUGUGAGUACCGCUUCUCAUCCAAUACUACCAGUACCUACCAAGAGCCCACAAGAAAACCUCGUCCCGAAAGAGCAGAAUGAAAAGGCGAAGUUCUCUCAAAAGUCUGGGAAAACUCUUCCUAUAUUUAGUGAGAUGGGCGCUUUGAAGCAGCUGAACGCUGUAAAACCUAGGAGCGGAGUUGCUAUAUUCGAGAAUACCGAAGAAAAACCCCCAUUUAUCCAAGGAAUUCGUCCGACCACUCUUGAUAGACAAUCAAAUAGCGACUCGAGUUCCGAGCGACAAGCUUUUGGCAAUUUUGGCGCUUUUGAAAAGCCCACAAGACUUUCUAAAUUAGCCCAAUCUUCCUCGAAGCAGCCUUUACCAAAAUUGGAGGCUGAUGGCAUUCUCUGUGGUGCUGGAGAUAUCAAUAAUGCAAGCCCCAAGAAACAGAAUAUGUUUCUGACCAGCGCUAGGAUGGAUGUAAAGGCUGGUGAGGAAAGUCCAGAUUGCACGCCUGCAACUAGCGUCGUCUCUGAAAUGGGUUCAACAGUAGAUGCUGACAAAGUAUCUCCACCAGUUGUUCGUGUAGGAAUCCCAGCUACCCAAGCAAACAGCACCAAGGCUUUAGAUCUUAGUCAAUCUUCUGGAAUUUCCACAGAUGCAAUACCUUACUUUGAAUAUUCAAUCUUCCAAAAGCACUGGUACGGCAAGCAAGGCGAGAAAGAGGCUCUGAUCAGUGAAAUAACUGUACGUCCGUUUACUAGUAUGCUUGAUGCAAAUGCACAGGCGGAGAGGUAUUUCCAGAGCAAACAACAAUACUCGGGCUACAUGACCAUUGAGCAGAACAGCAAGCGAGACGAACACGGCUGCAUGGUUCUGACUAGCACCAUGACGCCUUUUGAAUACUCGACUAAAAAACACUACACACAAAUAUAUGUCCAACGUGAUUACGUUUCAGAGUUAGCAAACCAGACACCUCGUUCCGUCGAAGAUGCAUCCUUCAUAUCGGAUACUGGCUACAUUUUGAGGUUGUUCAAGCUGAUCGACUCUGAUGACUCCGACGCAAAUUCCGAUGCGGAGUCAGGUAGCGGCAAAGGCAAGGCUAACGAGCCUGUUCGUGUAUACCGUCCUCAUGGGCGUCCGGAGGUGUACACUACCUUACGAGCUGCCAACUAUGCUGCUAGAAACCUUCAGAUCGAGCUUGGCCACGAAGAGGAUCCGAAAAAUGCAAUGACCAAGAUGUAUCAGGAACAGGACUUGAAGAAACUCAACGAGAAGGCACGUGCACUUGAGGUAGCCAGAGAAGGUGAAAAUAAGUGCUGGCACAGCAAGUUCAACACCCGCGGCUUGGGAGGAGACAAACUUGAGCUGGUGGUGGAGAAGGCAGGGAUCUACGGACCGAGGAAUAUUUGA